UCGCGGCGGUGAAAUGUGUCUCCUGCUUUCUGUGCGCUCUUGUCGGCCUGCUCGAUACUCCGCGUUGGCCUGACAUGGAGCGGAGCUCCUAUAAAAGACCGCCUGAACACUGCGUUCUCAUCGACCUUCGUCUGGAAAGAAGCUUCGGUCACAGAAUGUCGAGGGAUCCGCUAAUCCUGGGCCAUGUCGUGGGCGAUGUGUUGGACCCGUUCGCUCGAUCGGUGUCGCUCGGUGUCAUGUACAAGAACAGGCUGGUCAUCAAUGGCAGCGAGUUCAAGCCGUCUGCUGUGGUCGACAAGCCUCUUGUUCAGGUUGGAGGAGACGACCUGCGCAUCUUCUACACGCUCGUGAUGGUGGAUCCCGACGCCCCCAACCCGAGCAACCCGACGCUCCGGGAGUACCUCCACUGGUUGGUGACGGACAUCCCAGCGACCACAAACGCAAGCUUCGGAAGGGAGAUCGUGUGCUACGAGUGCCCCCGGCCGGCAGCAGGGAUCCACCGGGUGGUGUUCGUGCUGCUCCGCCAGAUGGGAAGGGAGACGGUGUUCACGCCGGAGUUGCGCCACAACUUUAGCACAAGAAGGUUCGCCAUGGAGCAUUACUUGGUGCCUGUGGCCGCCACCUACUACAACUGCCAAAGGGAGGCCGGCACCGGCGGAAGAAGGUUCAUAAGAGAUGACCGAUGCUGAGAGCAAUAUAUAUAUACACUAGAAAAGCUGUAUUAGCGUUUCAAGGCAUACAUCCAAGCAAUCGCAGUAUUAUCUCUCAUAACCACAUAUAGAUUCUGACAGAAGCAAGAGUCUUUGGCACAAGCAGCACUUCCAUGUUUCCAAUAUGUACACUUGUGGAAUACCAGAACUGAUAAUUAAAGUAAUCCACUUAUAAAGUGAAGUUUAAUCUGUUCAAACAUUUAAUUGCCACUCUCUGUACAUAAAAACCAAAGAUUAGGGAUCAAUAUGCAAUGCAGAACAACAAGGAUCACUUUAAGAGACUAAAUUUGCAGCUAAGGAAUGUUUCUUGGUUCAAAUCUGUAUCAUGUUGACUUUCUAUCUUAAGGACUAGAUCAGCAAGAGCAAUAUAGAGAACGGCUGCAGGAGGCCUCGGAUGUCUGAUGCCUUGGCAGGAGCACUGGAGAAGCAGGAGUUUCGUGAUGUUGAACAAUCCACAAAUGCACCUGCAGUAGAGGAAACCCAAAUGCCAUGUUACAAAGAAUAGACCGUUCCGAGGUUUUCGAUGGAGAACAACCAGAGCAACAAUGUAGUGUUGAGUAUUAAACAUGGCAUCAUCACCAACUAGAAAAUUCCAAUCAGAAAUAGGCAUAAAUAAUUUGGCUUUUCAGAGCAUGGUAUUUCCUUCUAUUUUUACUUCUUCAAAGUGCAUGGAAUGGGAAUGCAGGGAGACCAACUCAAGUAUUUGCUAAUUUCAGGAGUCGUGGAACCGUACAGCAACGCAAAGGAAAUGAAAAAACAGAUAUUUUUUUGAAAAUACAUGAUAAACAUACAGUAAGAAGCAGUUCUUGUUAAUCUGAAAU